AUGGCACGGCGUUGCUGUCGUCUGCGGAACAUUCUGAUCUGUGUGUGCACACCAUGCGUCUGCCUGGCCCUGCUAACCAUCUACAUUGCUGUGAUGGUGAAUUUAAACAUGCUGCAUGGAACAAUCGUUCUUGACUCCAGGCAGGGUCAUCAUUUUGUUGCCCACGGAACCUUAAAAAAUGCCAACUUUGCCUCAUUUCCUAAAACUUUCUGGAAGCACCACCUGGAUGGCAACGCCUUGUGGAACGAACUCCAGCGGGCCAUUGACUACAGUUUCAACCCCAUUCUGCGCCCUGGACAAACCAAGGCGAGGUCCACCAGAAGCAACUACGAAGAGUCCUUGCUGAGGCAGAGUUUUUCUGAAGUCACUUCCAUGGAUGAGAUGAGAAAAAUCUUUGAGAACUUUCCUGCGCAGAUAAAAGAGUUUGUAGGCUACAUGCAAAGGAGGAACUACCCUAUUCUCAUCCAGCCAGAUGGAGUUUGUGGAACUGUGUCAAAGGAUGAGAAAGAGUCCCCUCUCAUUCUUUUGGCCAUCAAGACAACGGAAUAUAACUUUAAGAAUCGACAAGCCAUCCGACAGACUUGGGGCCAGGUAGGAUGGUUGGUGGGACACAAGGAUAACAGAAGCAGUGAGGAGGUGGUCGGAGGGUAUGUUCACAGGGUAUUCUUGCUUGGCAAGGAAGACAAUGGCGAGCUAAGUGUAGAUGUGUCAGAUUUACUGAAGGCAGAGAGCAGUCACUACGGAGACAUUCUGCAGUGGGACUUUAAAGACACCUUUUUCAACCUCACCUUGAAGGAUGUGCUCUUUUGGAGCUGGUUAUCAAACCACUGCGAUCACACUCAUUUCGUUUUCAAGGGAGAUGACGAUGUCUUCGUCAACACCCCAAAGCUGGUCACCUAUCUCCAGGAUCAGCUGAAGAAGUUACGAGCAAACAACAGCUUGAAAGACUUUAUGGUCGGAGAGGUCAUUCAAUCAGGCCAACCCAAUCGACGCAAGAGCUCCAAGUACUUCCUCCCAGAAACCUUCUACAAAGGACUCUAUCCUUUGUAUGCAGGUGGGGGUGGCUUGGUGUACUCAGGCUUGUUGGCUAAGCGGCUGCACACCGUGUCGAAAACGGUCCACCUUUUCCCCAUCGACGAUGUAUAUGUAGGGAUGUGCAUGAUUCGACUCAACGCCGCCCCCGUCCACAACCAUGCCUUCCUCACGUUCGAUUUCCCAGAAAAAGAAGGAGAAGAUCUGUGCUCCUAUCACACCAUCCUCAUGGUCCACAAGCGAAGCCCAGAACAGAUCACUUCUCUCUGGGCCGACAUGCACAGGACGCAGAAGCAGUGUCAGGCUGUGCCUCUGAGGUCAGUGGACAAGGACAGCAGUUCAGAUAAACCAACCACGUGA